AUGGACUUGCACCUGCUCAGAGCAGACUCUCCCAUGGCCGUCCGACACAUCGACCUCUGCUACGAUCACACCGAUUCCGAGCGCUCCGCUUUGCGACUGAUAUACACAUUAUGCCCCGACUGGGAACACGAUCAAGGUCCCGUCGAACUCAUCCCCUUCACCGAAGGCAUCACAAACACUCUCAUGAAAGCGAUCAAGAAACGACCGGGAUACACACAACAAGACAUUGAUUCGGAUGCGAUCCUCCUGAGAGCAUAUGGAAAGGGAACAGAUGUCCUGAUAGACCGCGAGCGAGAAACUCGAUCGCAUUCUUUGCUUGCGGGCCGCGGACUAGCGCCUCCACUAUUCGCACGCUUCGAGAACGGCCUACUCUACAAAUACAUCGCAGGCGACGUAUGUAGUCCAGAAGACCUCCGAAGACCCGACGUCUACCGCGCAGUCGCUAGAAGACUUGGCCAAUGGCACAGCACACUGCCCAUUGCUGCGAUCAGUUCGCUUCAGACACUGCAGGAGCAGAAUGACGUAGCAGAUCACAUUCAACACCACACAGACACAGCCGGCAACAAGAGGCCAAAGCCCAGUUUGUGGACAGUCAUGCAAGAGUGGAUCAACGCGCUACCAGUAGCCACACCGAAAGAGAAGGAACGCAAGAACAUGCUGCAACAAGAAUUGACAUACCUCUCGAACGAGCUAGGACAAACUCCUGGCCUGGACGGUUACGACUACAUUUUUGCCCAUUGCGAUCUUCUGUCGGGCAACGUGAUUGUACAUCCUGGUCAACGAGAAGGAGGUAAGGGUCUGACAGUAAGCUUCAUCGAUUACGAAUACGCUACUCCAGCACCUGCCGCCUUCGAUAUCGCCAACCACUUCGCCGAAUGGGGCGGUUUUGAUUGCGACUACACCGCUCUGCCAACACGCAGCCAACGCGCUGAUUUCAUUGCUCAAUACCUUGCAUCAUACCGCAAUUUCGCACCUGUAUCAGACUCGGAAACCAUCCAACGGGAACAACAGCAACUCUUCAGCCAAAUCGACAACUUCCGCGGCCUACCAGGCUUCUACUGGGGCAUCUGGUCUUUGAUCCAAGCCACUAUCUCGCAGAUUGACUUUGACUACGCUUCAUACGCUGACAUCCGCUUGGGCGAGUACUGGGCAUGGAAAGCAGAGCAAGACGGUUCCAGACAACGAGAAGGACGCGAGCCGACAUUGCGAGAGAAGAGAUGGGCCGAGGAGUAA